AAAAAAUUUAAUCUCCAUUCAGCUUUGGCCAACUCAUCAAUAAACACCAUAGCGUUCGUCUAUUAUAAUAUUUAGAUUUUAAAGAUGAUUCUCCAAUCAUUGUCCAUUCUCUUUUUGUGUGUUACCAUAACAAAACAACAUCAGAAUCAAGCUUUCCCACCUGGAGUCCCUCCACAGCAACAACACAUGCAUCAACCACCUGGAAAUCAACAGCAAAAUCAAGGUCAAAAUCAACAGUAUCAAGGCCAACAACAACAAAAUCAACAGUAUCAACAAGGUCAAGGCCAGCAACAACAAAAUUUACAGUAUCAACAGGGUCAAGGUCAGCAGCAACAACAGUAUCAACAACCACCUCAAGGACAACAAAAUACACAGCAAUUCCAACAGCAGCCACCACCAAAUCAAAAUCAAGGUCAAGGAGGUCAUCAGCAGGGUCACUCUGGAGGUCAUCAUACCUUCAAUCAGAGGGAAAAUGUACAUGAUCGAGAACAUAUAAAAGAGCAUUUAAAAGAAGUUGUCGACAAACCAGAGAAAGAAAUGACCGAUGAUGAGUUAGAAUUCCAUUACUUUAAAUUACACGAUUAUGAUGGCAACAAUAAACUUGAUGGUGUAGAAGUAACCAAAGCUAUAACUCAUUUUCAUGAUGACAAAAAUCAUAACCAUGAUAACAACACAGAGAAAGACGAAGGAAAGGGAGAAGGUGAACAUGGCGCCGGAGAAGGAAAAGAAAAUCACCAGAAAACACCACCUAAAGUUUACACUGACGAGGAAUUGACUAGUAUUAUAGAUAUGGUGAUGAAAGAAGAUGAUCUCAAUGACGAUGGUUAUAUAGAAUACUUUGAAUUUGUAACGGCACAGAGAAAAGCUAAAGAAGGGGGAGAUAAUAAGGCGCCGCCGCCAGCUUAAAGACUGUCGUUUUGAAAGUUUUUGUACCUUAGGCCUGUUUUUUAUAAUCUAUUUGGCAUUUCAGAUCUGAUAUGGAGAAUUUUUUAUUCAAAAAUUAAGGAACUAAAA